AUGACAACAUACGAAGAAGAGAAACUCCACCACACGCCAUGGGUAGAGAAGUACCGUCCGCGCAACUUAGACGACGUGGCCUCGCAAGACCACGCCAUCCGCGUCCUCAAGAAGCAAACCGCUACGCAGAACUUGCCCCACAUGCUCUUCUACGGCCCGCCCGGCACCGGCAAGACGUCAACCAUCCUCGCCCUCGCAAAACAACUCUUUGGGCCCCGAUUGUACAAAUCACGCGUGUUGGAAUUGAACGCCAGUGACGAGCGCGGGAUCUCCAUCGUGCGUCAGAAAAUCAAGAACUUUGCCAAGCUAAGCGUGAGCAACGCCACCGCCGAUGAUUUAGCCCACUAUCCGUGUCCACCGUACAAGAUCAUCAUUUUGGACGAGGCGGACUCGAUGACUAACGACGCGCAGAGCGCGUUACGGAGAACGAUGGAGACGUACGCGAGCAUCACGCGCUUCGCGUUGGUGUGCAACUACAUCACGCGCAUCAUCGACCCCUUGGCUUCGCGGUGCUCCAAGUUCAGAUUCAAGUUGUUGAACGAGGAGAACUCGUUGAACCGGUUAAAGUAUAUCGCGGCGGAAGAACAGUUGCAUUUGGACACGGCCCUGGGCACGGAUGCCGUGUUGAGCGAGGUGUUGAAGAUCAGUAACGGCGAUUUGAGAAAGGCAAUUACCUUCUUGCAGAGUGCUUCGAAAUUGAGCACGAGUUUGAAAUUGGAUGGUGAUAACGUGGACAAUAGAGAUGGUGGUGACGUUGGGGUGAUUACCAAGGAAUCGAUCCGGGAAACCGCUGGCAUCUUGCCCGAUGCGUUGAUAGCCGAGUUGGUCGAGACGAUAAAGAGCCAUAACAACGUUAAGCUCAUCGCCAUGGUCAACGACAUCAUCUUGAGCGGUUGGAGCGCACAACAACUAAUUGACCAACUACAUGAAUAUUUGAUCUUGGACGACUCUAUAAACUCGCUAACCAAAAAUCAAAUUGCUUUACUGUUGUUCGAUACGGAUAAGAAACUAAACUACGGUACCGAUGAACAUAUCCAAUUGCUCAAUUUGGUUCUCCAAGUUUCUAAAGUUGUAUAG